AUGCAAAUGCAUCCACACUGGAGUGCGCGAACUUGUUCCAGAACCAAGACAAGGCUCCGCCAGGAAGCUCUGCCAGCCAGACGCUGUCUGUCUCCAGCGGCAAACCUUCCAGCCCAAAGAGCCAGCACCGGCCAGCAAGAGGCAGACAGCUUGCUCCCAACCCUGGCCCCUGUUAACUCGCUGCCCACCCAUGGACAAAUGAGCGUCGUCCUGACAACACCAAAAACAAAGCCAGUCAGCCUCUAUGAAGGGAGCGCACGCCGCUUUGCGCUCCUCCACGCGGGCCGCGGGGGUCGCACAGGAAGCGCACCCCGCGCCAGGACGAGAGCAGACCGCCAAGCCCGCCCCCCAAGUUUCCCAGCGAGGACAGCUCCCGGCCUCGCGCGGGGCGUCCCGGUGCACCGCUUCGGUCGAGUCGCAGCCAAGCGCCGGGGCCGCCUCGGGAGGGGGAGCUGGGGACGGCGGGCACCCGAGCGCGCGCGCCGGCGGGGACACGGAGGCCGCCCGGCAGCGACGGCACAGGCGCCACGACGUUCAACGUUUGCAACUCGCGUCCUGCAGCUGCGGAAAAUAAACUGUAAUAACAUUAACGUGGUGAAACCUGCAGCCCCGUCCCGGCCUCUCGGACGUUUCCUCCCACGACCUGGCCUCGGCCCCGGCCGCACGACCGACUUCCCACUCGGCCCGCCAGCAGCCGCCCCGCCUGCGCCCCCGCUCGCGCUCCUCGCCCGGCAAACGGGCACGACCGCGCCCCCACGUCUCUCUCCGGGGAUCAGAGCGCUGAAGGGCGCUCAACACGCGUCCGCCACCGCGACCACCCUGCUCCCGCGGCGGCGGCGGCGCCCACGCUCAUUUUACCGGGGGCCGUCUGCCUUCCGAAACGGCCCUCACCGCGCCCACCGACAGUGCCCACACGGCCCCCCGAGCCCAAAUGCCUCCGCCUCCGGGAAGCCCUCCGGCCUCCGGGCGCGGGCCGGGGUCUCCCGGCCCCCCGCGGGCCUCUCGCGUCCCGCGCGCCCCGCCGGCGCCGCCCCGCUCAACAGGCCCGCGGGCCUCGCUCACAAAGGUCGCCAUUGCUCCCGGCCCGGCCCGGCCCGACCGCAGACGCCCGGCCGCAGCGACCCACAACCCAAGAGCCAACCCGGCGAGGGCCUAGGCCGGGGAGGCUGCGUCCGCUCCGUCUGCCCCGCCCCCGACCGCUCCGGAGGCGCUCGUUGGGUUUUCGGCUCCGCCCGCCUCUCCGAAGAGAAAGUGCGCCGCCCGAGUCGGUGUUUUCUGCGGCCUCCUCCUCCCGCCCCUCGCGUCACGUGA